AUGUCCCGUGAGAACCACGGUGAGCGUGUGGACCACGCUGCCCUCUCGCAGGACAUCCGUGAAGAGGAGCCCCCUGACCCCCAGGAGUGCUGCACGCUCGUCACGAUCAACAUUUCAGGUCUGCGUUUUGAAACGCAACUUAAAACCCUCGCAAGAUAUCCGAACACGUUACUAGGAGACCCAAUGAAAAGGAUGCGGUUCUACAACCCGAAGAGGAACGAGUUCUACUUCGACAGGAACCGACCCAGUUUCGAUGCGAUCCUGCAUUACUAUCAGUCUGGCGGGAGGCUUCGGAGACCCAUUAACGUGCCUGUUGAGAUCUUUAUGGAUGAAAUUCAAUUUUUCGAAAUUGGUGAUGACGCCAUCGAUCGUUUCCGAGAGGACGAGGGUUUGCUGAAAGAGGACGAUCGUCCCGUUCCGGCCAAUGAGUUGAAGCGUCAAUUCUGGCUGCUGUUUGAGCAUCCCGACAGCUCUGGUCCAGCCAGAAUGAUUGCUAUAGUAUCCGUCACGGUCAUCCUGAUAUCCAUUGUUAUCUUCUGUAUGGAGACGUUGCCGGAAUUUAGAGAAGAUAAUCUUGUGUUCAACAAUCACCUUGCGCCGAACGGAACCACUGCUGGGAAAAGAUCUAACGUUAGUACAUUCACGGAUCCGUUCUUCUUGUUGGAGACCAUCUGCGUCGUUUGGUUUUCCUUCGAACUGUUUGUAAGGUUUCUUGCAUGUCCGAGCAAGCCCGCCUUCUUUAGAGACAUCAUGAACGUCAUAGAUAUUGUGGCUAUUCUUCCAUAUUUCAUUACUUUGAGUUUAGACCUUAGCGAAGUGGAGUCGAACUCACAGCAGACCACGUCUCUCGCCAUUCUGAGAGUCAUCCGCUUGGUGCGCGUCUUCAGGAUUUUCAAGCUCUCACGGCACUCCAAGGGUCUCCAAAUUCUCGGGCAGACCCUACGAGCGAGUAUGCGAGAACUUGGACUGCUGAUAUUUUUCCUUAUCAUCGGCAUUAUAUUGUUCUCCAGUGCGGUGUACUUCGCCGAAGUGGAUGACCUGGAAUCGUCUUUUACCAGCAUCCCAGACGCGUUCUGGUGGGCUGUUGUUAGCAUGACUACUGUUGGAUAUGGUGACAUGUACCCUGUGACGGUAGGAGGCAAAAUUGUUGGAUCAAUGUGUGCCAUUGCAGGAGUCCUUACAAUCGCCCUGCCGGUACCAGUAAUCGUGUCGAACUUUAAUUACUUCUAUCACCGAGAGCACAGCGAGGAGGAGCAAGCAGAAUACACGCACGUUACGUGUGGCCGCACGUCGCCUUUUGUUGGUGAUCUAAUUAAAAGCGACAGUAAACCCUCGCUGGUGAAAUCAGAGCAUUCAGACGAUGACAGGAAUUCAAUAAGCAUAUUAAAUGUCAGUCCAUCAGAGGAAAAUACAGGCAAACUCACAGAUGUGUAA